ACCGCGCUUCUCAAAUUCUUUCAAUGCUGUAUUGGGAGCGAGGAUUGGCUCGAACACAGGUGUGCGCAGCAGAGUAAAGCUGAACAACAGGCUGAAAGGAGCUUUGAGAAAAAGACAGUGUAACCUGUUUGGUGGAGACAUGCCACAUUUUAUUGUUUAUAUCAAUACUUUAUUGACUGUUGCAAUUUCUGUACUAUGUGGCUGCAAUGCACAAAGUUGGUGGAACUAUGUAGAAAAUAUUAAUCCAUAUAUACCUCCGCAAUUUACUCCUUUACCAAACGUGCGGUUUACUCACAAGGCGGAACUUUAUCAUUAUGGACCAAUGGCUAAUGAUGUAAUAGUGAACAUUCCAAAGGCUGGAAUGGGAAUGUUUAUUGGCUUUUCAACACUUACAGAUUAUGAUUAUACAUGGUCUCAAUGGCCACCCAAGAAAGGACGUCUUGUCAAUGUGUUUCUCGGGAUACCUUACGCUGCCCCGCCUACAAAAGAUGAACGCUUUCGAGUGCCUACUCCAGCUUUCUUGGAUACCAGAUAUCCUUGGCCUGCGAAGUAUUAUAGGUCAGCAUGUAUGCAAAAUAGUUUGGUCCUUGAAAACUACAUUAAAAAUUUUUCUGAUUUCAACGAAGACUGCUUGUACCUUAACGUUUUUGUCCCAAACCGUACUUGGGAUGACCCAACUAAGCGGUACCCAGUCGUGGUGCAUAUUCAUGGCGGAGGCUUUGUCCAUGGUUCCAGUCACAUGUAUCCCGGACAUGUUUUGGCUUCAAAGGGUGUGGUCGUUGUGACUUUCAACUAUCGAUUGGGGCCGUUUGGCUUUUUAUCUACUGGGGACUUUGCCUCAGUAGGAAACUACGGUUUAUGGGACCAACUACUUGCGUUGCGGUGGGUCAAGGAUAACAUCGAAUGGUUUCGUGGAGACCCUUCACAAAUCACCUUGAUGGGUGAGGGCGCAGGUGGUGCCAGUGUUGGUCUACACGCAAUAUCACCUGUGAGCAGGGACCAAGAUCUGUUCCACAAGUUGAUUAUCAUGUCUGGAUCCGAUUUGUCCCACUGGGCUGUCUCCGACCCGAAUCAUAUCCGGAUGAGGUAUUACGCAAUCGAACUAGGCCGCGAGCUUGGCUGUCCAUCAGUUCAAGGUCCCGAAGUGGAAGCCUCUCAAAAAGCCAUGCUAGGCGAUUUGUGGAAUGGAACUCGUGCAGAUGCGGUUCCUGCUGGGCAGUUCGGAAAUUCUUCUGUUCAGUGGCGCCUCACUGUUCCACACUACGUACGGAUAGACGCACCUGCACUGAUCCGCUGCCUGCGAUAUAUGAACUCUGCUGAUAGGAUUAAUCAAGCCGCAGGGCGAUUGCAACAUCUACGUGGGGCAACUCACCUUAUCUGGACUCCUGUUUUGGAUGGAACAGCCGGCUUCUUGCCUCGCAUGCCGCUACAUGAAAGGCGACAAGGACGGCUUGCCAAAUUACCCCUACUGGCUGGUGUGGUGCACGACGAAGGUUCGCUCUUAUUGCUAUCAAGGUUGAAGUCCUGGGAAUCGGAAGUCCCCGCUGUGAAGGACUUUACUGAUGAUGUGGCCCGACGAACAAUUGGGAACAUUUUAAACCAUGAGAACGUGCUUCGCUUCAACGCAACUGCAGAAGAGCUUUAUACGCGGUACACCUGGUGGCCCAAUCUGGCCAACAAUUCAGCACGGUGGGAGCGGCUUGUCGCACUCGUUUCGGACUACGAAGUCAACGCCCCACUGAUCACAUCUCUUCGACUGCACGCUGAGCAUUCUGAUCAAGUAUAUUUCUACGAAUUUGCAUACGUCAGCCCGAAUGACACUACAAGAAACUCACAAACGGGCGUUUAUCACGGAGCAGAACAGCCGUUCCUCUUCGGGUUUCCGUUUAUGGACAGCGCAUUCUGGAAAGCGCUUUACGGUCAACACGUCGAUCCUAAAUGGGCAUCUCAGACAUACUUCUACCCCCACGACACAAAUAUGAGUGAACUGGUGAUGGAUAUGUGGGUCAAUUUUAUCACGCACAGUAAACCCACCGUCGGACAAACGGGAAGUCUCACAUGGGAGCCGUACACGUUGAAUGAAGAGGGAUAUUUGUUCAUCCACCUCAAUAGCACAAUGCGCUAUAAAUUCCGAUCACAACACAUGGCAUUCUGGCGAGAACGCUUCCACGGACUGGCUGAACAAGUUCCUCCUUCGCCUCCUUUGUAUUUUUUCCCAAUGUUCAACGCGAAACUCGCAACUGUGGUCCUAGGGUGUCUGGUCGGUAUCACGUUACUCACAUUGAUCGUACUCACCAUGCUCCUCGGGCACAGACCCAGCCCCGAUCAAUUUCGGCACGAAAUACGGCUAGCAACUCCGGCCACUUCCAUUGGAUCAGUGUUUCAGGCCGCGUUCCGUGACGCCUUCUCGUCCCGAGCAGUAAUGUACACACCGGGUCUUUCAGAUAAGCAACCUGAAUGGGAUACAUCUUCAAGCUGCAUUACUCAGAUUGAGGCCGGUAUCAAGCCCAGAACAACAGCAUUUGCUAUGUCCUCGGCACCGACAGUCGUCCCGAGGCAGAACACACAACCAGCAUCCAUUCGAAUCCACCCACCACCGCCACCAGUGCCUAAAGAACACAACCGUCAGGAAAGACGGAAGACUGAUCGGGAAAAUGAAGAAUACCUGCUGUAUGCCUUUUCAGAGACGCCCAAAUCGUCACACAGAGACGUGCGUGCAAACGAGUUCCGUGGGUACACAUUGGACUUAUGAGGCAGAGCCUGGUGUCGAUGAGAGGACGCAAUCAAAUUUGUGGAUUGUCCGCUAGUUCGAGUACACUGCACUCGUCAAAGGGUUUGUAAAUAGCAUUCAAUUCAAUAAAAAAAGCUGUGCAAUACC